GCUGCUGCUGCUGCAUUGUGGGAAGCGGCAGCCUGAGCCGGACCCACCUCACUCGCCGCCGCCGCCCAGACCGACUCCAGCAGCAGAAGCCGCCGCCGCCACCUUCGCCAUCGCUAUGGGCGCCGUAACUGAUGAUGAAGUUAUUCGCAAGCGACUUUUGAUUGAUGGAGAUGGUGCGGGUGAUGACAGACGGAUAAAUUUGUUGGUGAAGAGCUUUAUCAAGUGGUGCAAUUCUGGAUCUCAAGAAGAAGGCUAUACCCAGUACCAGCGCAUGCUGAGCACUCUGUCACAGUGUGAAUUUUCAAUGGGAAAAACUUUACUUGUGUAUGAUAUGAACCUCAGAGAAAUGGAAAAUUAUGAAAAAAUCUACAAAGACAUAGAAAAUAACAUAGCUGCAGCACAUGAAAAAAUUGCUAAGUGCAAAAAGCAGAUUCUUCAAGCAAAAAGAAUACGAAAAAAUCGCCAAGAAUAUGAUGCCUUGGCUAAAGUAAUACAGCAUCAUCCAGAUCGGCAUGAAACACUGAAGCAGUUAGAAGCUCUAGGAAAAGAACUUCAGCAUCUUUCUCACAUUAAAGAAAAUGUUGAAGAUAAAUUGGAGCUGAGACGAAAGCAGUUUCAUGUCCUUUUGAGCACCAUCCAUGAACUUCAGCAGACACUGGAAAAUGAUGAAAAGCUUUCAGAAGCAGAAGAAUCCUCAGACAAUCCAAUGGCGGUGGAAGAUAAACAGUAGAUGGACUUUGAUUUAACCUCUGAAGCUUGGAACAACAUUCCCCUUUCCUCAAAAUGGAUGAAUACCUAGGAAUUUGGAUUUUUAGAUAUUUUUUUCAACAGGAAACUAAAAUAUGCUUCAAUUAAUUUUUGUGAAUUUGUCCUAAUGUUUGAAAUCUGUCUUUACAUUUUAUAUAAUACAUUGUUAGAAUUGUGUUAAAAGCUGUUCAAGUUUCUAUUUACAUAGUGUAGAAAUGUUAUUCUAGAAUUUUGCUACUAUUUUAGGCAUGUGUUAUCCUAAGCAGUACUGCACCCUUCUAAGUCAAUUUAUUUGGGCUUCAGAGAGUGUAACUCAGUUUAGGACUGCAGUGUAAAGCAUGAAAUAUCUGUCCAUGGAGUGUAACAGCUUGUCCAGUUGUUACUUUUCCAUGUGGAGCAGUUCCUCUGCACUGACACAGCUCUCUUUCCUUCAGUGUCUUUCUUAUUCACUUCAUAUUUUAAAAAGCAGCAAAAUCUUGAGCAUUCAGAACCAUUUGAAUCGUUGUCAGUAAGCAAAGGAUUAUCCUUGUCUUCUAAGUGCCACUUCCUGUGAGAUAACAAUGCACCACUGCUGAAAUAUAAAUAUAACUAACUUGAAAUCCUUUCUACUUUUACCAUCCCAGAUUGGAAUCAGCAACAACAUCUACAUGGAAAACACAUAUUUUUAAGUUUAUGCUUCUUUGUAGUCCUUAAGGAAACCCUUUGAAACUGCUUAGAGGACUGAAGUAUCUUGUUUCCCAAAGAUUCACAUUGUUGUAGCUCUGCACUUCUCAGAGCCAGUAAUUGUAUGGAUUUUUCACUGAUGUUAUCCAAGAGAUUAUCCACCUAGUGAGAAAUAGGUAUUAAAAAACUGACGUAUAGCAAAAGAAAA